AUGGUUAAAGCAAACGACACCAUUGCCAUCAUCAUCGCGCUGUUCCUGACAAUUACUAUCGUCGGCUCUACAUUGGCUUGUCGGACCGUUACAGAUACGGAUACAGAGAAAGGAACCACCUCCGAUGACCACGGCGGUGGUCCCGGCGAUGCUGAAGCUUCGAUAGGCCAACAAAGUCAACCUGUUCAGGUGAUAAGAGUUCCUCAACAGCCUGCUCAGGGCAGUAGUGUUAGAGCUCCCGGGAAUGUGGUUGGUGACCGUGGUGUUGUGGUUCCUGGAAGGGUUGGUCAAGAUGGUGGUGUCAGAGUGGUCCGUCAUCCACAAACUGCCCAAGUGACUGUUUAA